UACAGGUGUGUCGUUAAACAGCAGGUCGUCCCCUAUCAGGCACAGGCGCCAUGACAGCGUUUAUAAAGCGAGAUCAACUUUCCCUCGCAUCGAUCCGCUAUUGGCUUUCAGUUCACAGCGCCUCACAGAGAUAGAUGGAGAUGGACAUGGCCUACUACAUUGGUGUAGAUGUAGGAACUGCUAGUGUAAGAGCAGCUUUGGUGUGUGAGAAAGGCAGCAUACUUGAGACAUCUGAGGAACCUAUUAUUGUCUGGAACCAGCAGCCAUCAUUUUAUGAGCAGUCAUCAGAGAAUAUUUGGAAAGCAGUUAUUACAGUUGUCAAUGAUGUCAUGUCACAAAGUAAAAUAUCGCCAGACCAGGUGAAAGGACUAGGAUUUGAUGCCACCUGUUCUUUGGUCGCCUUAGAUUCAGAUUUUAAGCCAAUUUCAUGCAGUUUAUCAGGUAAAGCAGACUGUAACAUAAUCAUGUGGAUGGACCACCGUGCAGAGGACCAAGCUCAAAGAAUAAAUGCUACAAAGCAUUCUGUACUGAGAUAUGUUGGCGGUACCAUGUCACUUGAAAUGCAGCCACCAAAACUGCUAUGGCUGAAAGAGAGGUUACCUGCUCAGUGGAACAAGAUGGCCAACCUGUUUGACCUGCCUGAUUACCUGACUUGGCGAGCUACAGACAGCCAAACAAGGUCUCUGUGUUCACUUGUGUGUAAGUGGGGCUAUGAAGCACAAACAGCUGACAAACAUGGGUGGAAUGAUGAAUUUCUUGCAGCAGCUGGUCUUGAAGAGCUGUCGUUGAAUGGACACUGCAGAAUUGGACAGCAGGCCCUGUAUCCAGGGGAGUGCUGUGGGUCAGGUCUGACUGCUCUGGCAGCCAAAGAACUUGGCUUAGUGCAAGGAACACCUGUAGGUGCAUCUCUUAUAGAUGCUCAUGCAGGUGGAAUGGCAUGCUUAGCAUGUGUUCCUGCUAGUCUGCCAUUUCAGAUGCCUCCUUUGACAUCAAGGUUGGUGCUUGUAUGUGGAACCUCAACUUGUCAUAUGAUGGUGAGUAACAGCCCUAUCUUUGUUCCGGGUGUGUGGGGACCUUACUUCUCGGCAAUGAUGCCAAAAUUGUGGGCAUCAGAAGGAGGUCAGAGUGCUACAGGCAAACUGAUAGAUUUUAUGGUUGAGAACCAUCCGGCAUAUUUAGCAGCAAAAUCUGCCGCAGAAGAAAGGAAUAUCCACCUGUAUGAAUACCUAAACACCAUGCUGGAGCAUCAGGCUCAUUUGAAGGGAGUCACAGUUGCACAUCUUACUGCUGACUUACACGUCUAUCCAGAUUUCCAUGGAAACCGCUCACCUCUUGCAGAUCCCAGCAUGAAGGGAAUGAUUUGUGGCUUGACAUUAUCAGUGGAUGUAGAUAAUCUGGCUAUUGUCUACCUGUCAACAAUCCAGGCUCUAACGUACGGAACAAAGCACAUAAUCAGCGAGAUGAGAAAUAGCGGGCACAACAUUCAGUUGUUGUAUUUAUGUGGUGGGCUACGGAAAAACAGGCUGUUUGUUCAGACACAUGCCGAUGUACUUGGUCUCCCAGUUAUCUUGCCAGACACAAAGGAAUCUGUACUUCUUGGUGCAGCCAUACUUGGAGCUUGUGCUUCAGGCAAUUUUAAAAGCAUUCAGGAUGCCAUGCUGACCAUGGGGGGAGGAGGUACAGUGAUUCUGCCAAGGGAAGAUGAGAAAAGGUAUCAUGAAAACAAAUACAAAGUUCACAUUCGGAUGCUUGCUGACCAGAAAGCUUACAGAGACAUCAUGAAAGACUGAAAAUCAAAGCACUUCCAUAAAGAUAUCAAAAUUUUCCUAAGGAACCAUAUACAUGAGUUCUUUAGAAAACUUUGGCAUCAUUGAAGAGAAAAAAAUAUAAGAAAACUGGAAAACAAAAUGCAUGGCUCAGGUGCAAAAAAAAAAGUGUAAAGAAAAUUGAUGUGGCUGGCCAUCAUAAGAACCUGCAAAUGGCAGCAAAGGAUCUUGUGAUAAAUGAGUUGUGCAUCCACAUCUCUGAACAGUUUCUGUCAUAUGAUAUGGUUUUUAGCUUUUGAUACACCUUGUAUGCACAACUACUGCAUUGUGUUGCACAGUCAUACAUGCAGGAUGGAGGGAAAUAAUGAACUGACACAUAAUGAAAAUUCCAUUUUAUUUACAACUUUGAACACAGCUCAUGCAUUGUUGGAUGAGGUGUUGAUCAAGUUCAUGCUGGUGGAAAAAAAAGCUGGAGAGUAAUGCCACAGUGGUUUUGUAUGACUGUCACCACACCAGGCUGUUCCUAGUUAUAAAAUAAAAUUGCUAAUGAGCUGAA